CUUUAGGCUACAAACUAACAUCCAUCCAUCCAUCCAUCCAUCUAAACUUUCGCAGUUAUAAUAUUAGAUAACAUUUGCUUUUGGCCUUCGUUCUUCGUUGGCGAGAAAAAAAAAGUCAACAUAAGUAACCUAUGUGUUAACUACCCCUCCCUAUCCAAGUUGUCGACGCUCAUUGUAAAUCGGGCACAAAAUUCUAAACAUGAGUUUGGACUAUAUUUUUAGCAUGGGCUAUUUAUGCUUGUUAAGAAAAAUAAAGUUAAAAAAAAUUGAAUUAUCUCCUUAUAUCAUCGUAGCUUACUCAUCAGCUGUAUAAAAGUCUUGAUUAUGAAUUCAUUCUUAACUGUCUGCCUAGCCGUCUAGAGAUAUGUUUUCCCCAUUGUUUCUUUAACUCUACGAGUUUUUUCUUAUUGUAAUAUUCAAUGCUGUUAUGUCUCAUAGCGAUAGCCCAUUGACUUGAAUAGAUGCGAUAGGAUUUUUUGCAUUUGUUAUAUUAAAUCGUAACUAAAACAUCAACUGAGAUGACGUCAGUUUUGAAUUCGAAGUCUCGGAAAAGGAUAUCGGGUAAUGAUAUAUGUUUUAAAGGCACGGACUACGGUGAAUCCUCAUUAGCGGUGUUUUAUCCUUAUUUUAUUAAUAAAAUAUUAAUUUAUGUAAAUAGCAAUAAGUCUCAUCGGUCAAUUAAUCGUCACUCUGAUAUAAGUCUACAUCAGAGUGACAUAAAUAACACAGAUAGCUUUAUUUAAAAAUUUAAUAUCGCAAAUAUUAAAUGUAUCAAGAAAACAGUGUACCCGUUUUAAGGGUGGUAACGCAUCUGCGGUUGUCCUAGCGUUGCGGACGUCUGUGAGCGUUAGAUCGAAAAAAAUUAGGCGAAGCGCUGCUUGUAUCCUACUAAAAAAUAAACAUCAACAGAAUCAUAACUAAAUAGCUUCAGUGUUCAUUAAACUAGAAUGCAAUAUCGCUGUUUAAAAUAAAACUCAAAGGACUAAAACGACCUCACGCCUAUAACAUCUAGACAAGGAAAUUAAUGUGCGCGAACCAUGUAGAAUCCUUGUAAAGUGUUGUGACGUGUGAUUUUGUAACAAUUUAUGUCAAUAUAAUGACUCAGUUUAUUGAUUUAAAAGGAUUUACAAGCUUGAAACCAAUCAGAAGUGCGUUUCGUUCGCUACUGUUAGGUAGCGCAAGACGCGAGACUAUCGUUUGAAUUAAACGAUCAUUUGGAUUUGUUGCGUGUUUUUGUGUUGUGAUUGACUUUUUAAAUUUUUGUGACAAAAUGAAGUUCUCGUAUUUAAUAUUUUUUGUGGUGCUAUUAAAUUUUCACCGUGAAAGUGUUACGCUCCCGAUAAAGGGUAGUACAAAAUUUAAGCUGCCAAAACCGCUUACAAGUGACACGGCGAUAACGAUUAAUGGAACUAUGAUAAUGGACAAUUCUUUAUCCGUGGCAUUGUCAGAAAAAGGAGGAAGUCACAUAUGUGAGUUAAACUACGACGUGUCUACAGAAAAAGUUUCCAUGACGCAGUUAAAGGACCCAAAAGUACAAUCCGAGGCUUAUACACUGUCAGAAUUCAUGACGCCCGUAAAAUUCGUACUACAUAUAGAACCGAAGGUAUACAGGGAUCAUUCGAUAAACUUCGAAUUAAACGUUAACAAUUCCGGUCCGAUAUCUAUAAUAUGUAUGACGGAUAGCUUCGAACCUGUUAACAAAAUUGUAGUUAAAGGCGCGGAGAGCAUUAGCAGUCUACAUUUCCAAUAUGACAAUUGAAAAAGAAAAUAUCCUGAUGAUGGACAGCAAACUCAAAAAUGUGUCUCAAUCGGCCCAAUGGGAUUUUACACACGCCGUAUGAUUAUAUAGAACACAUAGAUACCAUCUGGUUUACAGUGAUAUGUCGUUCAAGAAUAUCAAACAAUACAAGGGAAUUUAGACCCUAGAAUUUUUCACUUAAUUUGUAGUCGGGUUAACAAUUCCUCUUCGUCCCAACUCGUUAUCAGAGAACAAUUAAUUGUUGUCAUCGUUAACUUAUCGACAAUUAUUAUAUUUCAAUUAUGAUUUAAAUGACAAAUGUUUUAUCAGAAACUUGUAUUUAUACCAGUUUUAAGCCGAGACGGUUUUCAGAAACUUAGAUUGAGUUCAUUAGUGCCUGGUUCAUAAUGAUUGCAAUCUAAAUAAAACAUUAAAGUUACCUUUGCUAUAAAAUUCGACCAGGGUUAGUUUCUGAAACUACAUACAAUCGGAGUCUUAAUUUUGUUAUGUUAACAGACGUUUAUUAUGAAUGCUCGACGAUUGAAACCAUGAAAACUGUAAAAUCGUAGAUUUAUUUUAAGUUUCUCUUACAGUAUUAACGUACGCCUUUCAAGUACUAGUCAUUAAAGUUAUAAUUUUUGAAUAUUUGUUAGAAUAUCUGUAAGAUUUUAAGUCAUUUCACCUUCAGUUUUAUCUGCACACUUGUCAAUUUUACCUGUAAAACUGCCAACUGUUCAGUUAAGACUGAAAGUAUUUAGAGGAAUGUAACCGCGUUUCCAUUGCUAAAACACCAAAAAUAAACAUUUAAAGAGAACCCUCGCUAAAGUGAGGUUUGAUUUCAAACCCAUUAUGUUUUGUAUUGGCGUUUCCGCAGUGGAAAAGCGGAUUAAUGUAUUCUAGUCAAAUAACUUAUGAUUCAAUCUACGGCUGGUCCGUUAUUUAUUAUUGUACUUUAAGUAAAUUAUUAUUUUGAUUUUAAU